AUGGCAUUGCAGGCAACAACUCUUGGAAGAUAUAACAUUAGAAAACGAGAUAAUGUUUUUGAGCCAAAUUCAAGUGAAAGCCUGAACAGUUUGAAUCAAAGCGAAGAAGAAGGGCAUAUUGGAAGAUGGCCACCUUUGGGUUAUGAAGCUGUUUCCAGCGAGCAAAAAUCAUCAGCUCAAUUGCGUGAACCGCAAGCGGAAGUGUCAAUAAGCAACAAUAUGAAUUUUAAGGCUGAUGACAGGUCCUUUUCCACUUCUGCUUCUGAAAGAACAAGUUCAGAGAAGAAUUCGUUGCAUCACAUAUUACCUAAAAAUCAGGUUAGAAAUAAUGAUCAAGUAACUGAUAGCAAUGGUAACAAUAAUGUAUCCAGUGAAGCCAAUGUUCCAAUUUGCAAAAACUGUUUAACCUCUACAACACCUCUAUGGAGGAGAGAUGAGCAUGGAGCUAUGCUUUGUAAUGCGUGUGGUCUGUUUUUGAAGCUUCAUGGGAAACCCAGGCCAAUUAGUUUGAAAACAGAUGUAAUAAAAUCCCGAAAUAGAAAAAGUAAUACAAAUCAUACACAUAAUUUGGAUAACUUUCGGAACCAGACAAUGAUUGCAGAGCUUAAAGGUGAAGCUAAUAUAGAACCAACUGGCCGUAAGGCAAGCAAGUUCAUAUAUGAAGAUAAAAAAAAAAAUUCUCAACUUUCAAUCGGAACAUCGUCUACGGCGAAGAUAUUCAAGAAGACAAAAACUGAUUCCAAAGAGAGGACCGAUUCCCACUUAUCAGCGACAAAAUUAGAGGUACUGAUGUCGGGGGAUUCUUCGAAGCCGAGGCUAAAACCAAAACUACCAAGACAAGAUACUGCUAUAUACCAAGACAAGUUACUUACGUUCCCAAGCUAUACAGAUAUUAAGGAGUAUUCAAAUUCUGCUCAUCAGUCUACUUUCAUCAAAGAACGGUCGCAAUUCAACGCAGCCUCUUUUCCACUCAACGCUUCACAUUCAGUAACAUCAAAAACGGGCGCAGAUUCUCCCCAAUUGCCUCACUUAUCAAUGCUGCUUGGCAGCUUAAGCAAUACCUCAAUAUCAAAUAAUGCGAGUGAAACAGUUUCCAAUUGCAACAAUGGCAUCGCCUCCACUGCUGCAACUCUGGCGCCAACAUCGUCGCGAACAACUGACUCUAAUCCAUCCGAGGUACCGAAUCAAAUCAGAUCGACAAUGUCUUCCCCAGAUAUAAUAUCUGCUAAGCGUAGCGACCCUGCUCCUUUAUCUUUCCAUAUGGCCUCUAUCAAUGACAUGCUCGAGACAAGAGAUCGUGCAGUUAGCAAUGUGAAAGCCGAGGCCACAUCGCCUCAUUUCAUACCGUUGAUACAAUCUUCCAAGGCUCAUUAUAUACCCACAGCAAAUUCACAAUCGAUCUCAAAUGGCGUUUGCAGCUCCGAUGCCCCAGGACGGAAAAUAGUGAGCCACCCAGUUAAAGGCUUAGAUGAUCGUUUAUCCGCUAAACUGCACAAAGAAGAAGAAAUAAUAAAACUAAAGACUAGAAUAAAUGAGUUAGAACUUGUCACCGAUUUAUAUAGGAGGCAUAUAAACGAAUUAGACGAGAAAUGUCGAGCUCUUGAAGAGCGUUUGGAAAGGGCAGUAAAACAAGAAGGGAGAAAAGGUGGAUAG